CCUUCAGAGGAGCAAGCACAGGGAGCUGAUGACGGACCCAUUAAUCCCUUCUUCAAUGCAUCAAAAGAAGCCGAAGGGCUGGAAGUCGCUGGGCUCGGAGUCCUGCAGGAAAUGCUUCGAUCUGCUUUUGGUUCUGUAUGAAACUGGUGACUAGGGGCUCGGCUCGCUCCGCCGCCGCCGCCCGCCGGCACCUGGAUGCGCGGGCCGCCGCCGCCGCCGCCGCCUUGCCCGCCGCCGCCGCGAUGCACCGCUCGUGGCGGUGCUGGUGAUCGCUCGGGUGUGAUGGGAUUGAGCCGGCGGUGAUCAUUUGAAGGCGGUGAGGGAGAGCGAGGGAGAGAAAAGGCUGCUCAGCUCUGCUGUGUGUGUGGGGGCUUCGGGCUUUUUUUUCUUUUUUUUUUUCUUUUUUUUUCUUCUUCUUCUUUUCCUACUUCCAUCCUCUCCCCGCCACUGGAAGUCCUCCCGUAUCUAAAUGGAAUUAGUGGAGACCGAAGCCCCUUGUGUAAGGAACAGACAUGACCCAUGGGCGCAGCUUCUUUCACAUUGUAGCAAGUCUAAUCAUCCUACAUUUGUCUGGGGCAACCAAAAAAGGAACAGAAAAGCAAACUGUGUCCGAAGGACAGAGACCAGUGCAGUGUGGAACUUGGACAAAAUAUGCAGAAGGAGGCAUCUUCACUUCUCCAAAUUACCCCAACAAGUAUCCUCCGGACAGAGAAUGUGUCUACAUUAUAGAAGCUGCCCCUAGACAAUGCAUUGAACUACACUUUGAUGAAAAAUAUUCCAUAGAGCCUUCUUGGGAGUGUAAAUUUGACCACAUAGAAGUACGAGAUGGACCUUUUGGCUUUUCCCCAAUCCUUGGACGUUUCUGUGGACAGCAAAAUCCACCUAUGAUAAAAUCCAGUGGAAGAUUCCUGUGGAUAAAAUUUUUUGCUGAUGCUGAACUGGAAUCUAUUGGGUUUUCUGCUCGGUAUAAUUUUACACCUGAUCCAGAUUUUAAGGACCUUGGUGUUUUGAAGCCAUUGCCAGUUUGUGAGUUUGAGAUGGGAGGACCUGAAGGAAUUGUGGAAUCUGUACAAAUUGUUAAAGAAGGAAAAGCUUCUGAAACUGAAGCAGUAGACUGUAAAUGGUACAUCCGAGCACCACCCCGAUCCAAGAUCUAUUUGCGAUUUUUGGACUACGAGAUGCAGAAUUCCAAUGAAUGCAAAAGGAAUUUUGUAGCAGUCUAUGACGGAAGCAGCUCGGUGGAGGAUUUGAAGGCAAAGUUUUGCAGCACAGUUGCUAACGAUGUGAUGCUGAGGACAGGUUUGGGUGUAAUCCGCAUGUGGGCAGAUGAAGGCAGUCGAAACAGCCGAUUCCAGAUGCUCUUCACAUCUUUCCAAGAACCCCCUUGUGAAGCCAACACAUUCUUUUGCCACAGUAAUAUGUGUAUAAAUAAUACAUUGGUCUGCAAUGGACUCCAGAACUGUGUGUAUCCCUGGGAUGAAAACCACUGCAAAGAAAAAAGAAAAGCAAACCUAUUGGACCAACUUACCAAUACCAGUGGGACUAUAAUUGGGGUGACUUCUUGCAUUGUGAUCAUCCUCAUUGUUAUCUCUAUUAUAGUACAGAUCAAGCAGCCUCGUAAAAAAUUUGUCCAAAGGAAAACAGACUUUGAUCAAACAGUAUUCCAGGAGGUGUUUGAGCCUCCUCAUUAUGAAUUAUGCACCCUUAGAGGGACAGGGACUACAGCUGACCUUGCUGACGUUGCAGAUGACUUUGAAAAUUAUCAUAAACUGCGGAGAUCCUCUUCAAAAUGCAUUCAUGACCAUCACUGUGGAUCACAAGUGUCUAGUAUUAAGGGCAGCCGUAGUAACCUCAGCACAAGAGAUGCUUCUGUCUUGACAGAAAUACAACCCCAGCCUGUAAAACCACUUGUUCAGCCCAUGAACAGGAGAAAUAUCCUUGUCAUGAAGCAUAGCUACUCACAAGAUGCUGCUGAUGCGUGCGAGAUAGAUGAAAUUGAAGAGGUGCCAACCACAAGUCACAGGCUGUCCAGACAUGAUAAAGCUGUUCAGCGGUUCUGCCUCAUUGGGUCUCUAAGCAAACAUGAGUCUGAGUACAACACAACUAGGGUCUAAGAGAAAAACCUGAGACUGCUUGAGAAUAGUGCGCUCCUGGGUGAUUUUGAACAUGCUACAAUGAAAUAUGAAACUAUCGUCCUUGGAAACACCAGCUAGAGGUUUUAUGGACUCUGACCAGCUAUUCUCUUAUCAUGAAAUAAUUCAGCAGUGUUGAGUAAAAUUACUAGAAGGCAAUAAGACUUUGGUUAUUAUGCUUAUCAGUCAUUUCUCUUUUUGUUUUUCUCUCUUCUUUUUGUUGCAAGUAAAAUUCCCAAUUUCAGGAACAAUUUAUUGAAAUCAGGUAUUUAGCCAUUCAUAAUCACUUCAAUAGAAACGUUUGUUGGAUAAGCAUCUAGCAAUAUGACUGAAUUUGACAUUGAGAAAUUAAUCUGCAUGAAUGUUACUGAAUAUUUGAGUUGGCAAAAAUCCCUUUAUUAGAUACAUUGUAAAAAGCAUGCAUUCACAGUUAUUGCUGUUACUGUUCCAUUUCUGUGUCAUAUGCUUGCUACUUGUAACUUUUAUAUAAAAAUACAUAAAACAAUGUAUAAUAAUUUCGUACCUUGAGUUUAAUGCAAUGUUUUCUUUUACCUAAUUUACCAAUUUUGUGUAAUUCAGGAGAUUAAGCUCAAAAUGUAGUUUCUAGGAAUUUGAAACACAGAUAUAGCAGAGAAUCAACUGCCUCUCAUCCCUCAAUUACCCAACAGAUCUUAAUUUUUUAAGAUUUAAAUUAAUUAAUAAUGGGUUGGUCCCCUAAUUUCAAUUAAAAGGUUUGUGAUAAUCUGUGUAUUCCAUUCUGUAUUCUUAACUAAUUUAUUUCCAUGGCAAUAGUUAGGAAGUUUACUUCUGUCCAGGAGAGUAGCAGAUUUUUAUUUGCUAUACAAAUCUUAUGGUUCCAACUUUAGAAAUACAGACAUAGACCUUUUCCUUAUGCAAGGUAAAAAUAUGUUUGUAAUUCAAGCUGUAAGUAUUAAUAACCAAUACCAAAAUCAAAUUUUGAGAGGUUAAAUUUUCAAGGAAUUACUAUAGGUUGAAGAGCCACUAUUAUGUAAAGUUGAAAGCCUCCUCAUUUAAGAACUCAAUAACCAUGCAUAAAAUCACAGUUUCAUUAUCUAUUUGAAGUGUAUCUUUCAAGUUCUCUCCCAAAACAAAUCUCAGCUCCUUCUGAAUCAUCUUGUGUCAUUCAUGGUAGUUAGGUUUUUCUGCAGAAAAAUGUUGCUAGAUUUAUUAGAAAAAGUGUAAAUAAUUCCAUCUAUGUUCCUAAACUAUACGAACAUGAGAAAAAAGAAAAACUAAAAGACUGACAUAAAAAUAUAAGGUGAUCUAUAUGAGCUAUUUAAAUAUAUAAUAUAUAAUUUGCAUAAUUAAAAAUACAGAAAAUCUGAUUUCUACAACUGUGACAUAAUAGUGACUUGAGAAGAAGGGUUACAGGUACUUGACUACUUUUAUAUUUACAAUGUAUUGUGCAACUAUUUUUUUUAGCUUGAAUAAUUUGUUUGUCUCACAUAUUAGCUGCAAAAGCAGUCCUCUUAUCUUCUGCAGUCAUUGAGAGUCAUUGAGUCACCCCUCAGUUACAUGGGUUUGCAGUAUGCACUAAAAGUUCAUUUCCAGAUCAGGAGCUCUUCACAAGUUCAUGUGAUUUAUGACUUUUUUUUCCUUAACCUUUCCAAGUCCUAGCUCAUCAUCCUUUUUUUAAGUAGAUGUUAAGAUAUUUGCCACAUCCAUGCUUAAAAUGGAUGCACCCAUGCAUCCAUUAUAAAAUGAAGGAAGAAUUCAAGAUUUGCUAAAUGAAAUGUAUAUACAUGCAGACACUUGUAUGUAUAUUUAUAGAUAUUUAGUAUUGGAUAUAGUGGAUAAAAUAAGGAAAAAUCUAAAUUUAAAUUUAGCUUUGAAUGAAUUAUAUUGUUCACACAGAAAAAUGCUGAACUUGUUUAUUAAAGUCACUGUAUAAUUAUAACUAAGUGCCUAAAUCCCACUGUAACAUGGAGUUUGACCAGUCCCUCCUAGAAAGUACAUAACAAAUCUAAUUUUAAGAUUUUUCCAAUGAAGUGCUAACUGAAAGAACUGAACCGGAGAAGACAUGGAUAUUAAUAAUUAUACUGCAUGCACAUCCUUGUUUUCUUUUAAAAAUCUCUAAUUGUGUCACAGAGAAAGGAGGGAGAAACAUAAAAUGCUGUGUAAACUGAACAAGUCAAGCAAAGUGAGAAUGUAAAUGCUUGAUCCUGGAAACUCCUUUAGAAACAUAGUGUCUAAUAUCUAGGUAUACCCUUAAACAAAAAACAUUGUAAUUACAAAAUACAGGUAUAGUGGAGUAACAAGGUCAAAUUGUAUCUAUUAAAAUAUUUUUUAAAAAUAAUUCAAACACAGAUAAAAUACUAUAAUUAAAAUAUUUAAUUUCAAGUAAUUGAAUUCUUUGUAUAGUCAGUGUGAAUAAUAGCCAAGUCCACUAUACCACAAACAAUAAAGAUAAUAUUUGCUUCUUAUCACACAAUAGUAGGAUAUCUUAAUGUGAUCUAUGAAACUCAAAGUAUAAGAAAGCAGUUUUCUUUUUCUAUCAGUAUUUUUAAUUACUAUGAAUCCACAUGUUUAAAACCAGAAGGAAGUUCAAACAAGCUUUAAAUUUUAUGGAAAGGAAGUUUGGGUUAAAUUUAGGCAUCUGUAUGUGUUAAUAUUGUAUAAAACAGUAAAUUACUGAUUAGCUGAACUGCUAGUCCUAGCUUCAUGCAUUUUACCUCAUGUUUGCCAUAAACUAAAACUAAGAAUUAUAUUUACUAGAUAAUUUUUUUGUUUGGUGUAAUGAGGGUGAUUUACAACUAUGUUGACAGUAUGGUUGUUUCUUACAUACAUUUUAAAAAUGAGGUUUUCUUAUCAUAGUACAUUGAAAUAUUAUUUAUAGUUUUGUGGUCUUUUUAUUUUUUUCCCUCCAUAAAUGUAGUGUGAUGGAUAUACUUUUAUUUUUGCAUGAUAGUUGAACAGCCACACCCAACCUUUUUUCUCUGCUCUGGGAAAUAUGGCCUUUGCAAUUUACCAAGGACUCUCUGCAGCAUCAUUUAAAAAACUCAGAAAGUUAAUAUUGUAAAUCAUCCUCAUUUAAACUUUUUCUAUCUUCACAAUUCUAAAAACAGGUUGGGGAAAAAAAGUCUCUGAUAAAUGUUACCAUCUUAUCCUUCAAUUUUUAUGCUGGAGACAUUUUCUUGAACCUAUAAACAAUGUAGCCUGCGAGAGGCAAUAAGAGAAAGUAGGAAGGUUUCUUGUUAAAGAGAAAUUGUUAGCCCCCACACCCUCCCACACCCCUCAAAAAAAUUAGACAAAGAAAAGAAACACAGAAAGGUAGUAUAAUUAGAAGAAGAUUAUAAAGGACUUUUGCUAAUACCUAUUCCCAUAUUUGCAAACAUUUUUAUGACUGAUAAUUUCUUUAACCACCAAAUAAAAGCAUUCUGUUCAUGUCCAACCUUGAAAGACAGGAUACUUCACAGAACAAUGUCCUACAAACAAAUUUUUUUGUGUGUGUGUCUUUUACUUUAUGUGUGAAUCUCCCUGAUACUACAAAGAUAUUUCAGAUGAGGGAGCAGAGCUGAAGUACUAAGGCAUAUACAAAGGACAAAAGCUGCACCAUUCAAAACUGUUUUGAAGAUAGAAGUCUAUAUCUGAUCUGAAAAUAUUUCCUUAUUUGUGGCUCAGCACUUGAUGUGAAGUCUUACAUUCACAUCUCCACUGCUCAUCACCAUUACCUUAGGAUCAUCUCUCUUUACUCUUUGAUGAUCACUUUACAUCUUUAUCACUUGCUGCCUUUCAUUUCUGUCCACAGUGAGUUUAGUUUGAGUAUUGCUCUGUUCCUGUCUUACCUCAAAAUUCACUGAAAAUACUGAAUUCCUACCAGCUCCCUGCCUUUGUGUUACCCUUGAAUCCACCACCUCUUUCCCAUCUGUCAUUUUAGAGAUGUCUUAAUCAUACCUUGCCUAUAAAUGGCAAAAUGAAAACCUGAGAUCUCAGCAUAUCCUAAUCAUUCUCAAUGUAUGUAAAACAAGAAAAGCUGUGGAGGUGCACUGGAAUGGACAGGAGGAUGGGCUCAUUAGGGAAUACUGGGCAUACUGGGUCUGAGUUUUAAUGACUGUGCAUCAGUGUUGUCUGGGCUGUCUACCUCCAUGUGUUGGCAUGAACACUCCUGUGAUAUCCAUACCUCAGUGUUCAUCCACCAUUCUAAUUCUCCCAGUUUACACCAUUGUCAAACCAUGUCCAGCACCUCUAAGUUUUCUUCUGUGCUGCAUUUAUAUUAGUAUGUAUCUCCAUACAACAUAAAUUCUUGUCCUAUCCUCCUUCACAUAAUUAUUAAAAUAGUGCACAGCCUGGCAAACACCUGCCAAUAGUGUGGCAGAGGUAAGGUAAGAACAGCAAGGUAAGAACAUCACCUACCAGAAGAAGCAGGAGUUGCUGCUUCCAUCCAUUUUCUUUCCCAAGAAAAGGAAUUGUGCUGAUCCACAAUCUCCAAACAAGAUCAAUAUGGGAAAAAAAGGGAAGCUGCUGUCUCCUUCAAGCAAUGAAUCCUAGCUGGGAGAAGAGAGACAAAUUAAGAAGCCCAUGAUGAAAAAUGGAAAGAACAAGACUGCUUAGAUUUCUUUACUAAAGUAACAGUCCUGACCAACACUCUGCAGCAGCAUUUCAUCUCCAUUCUUAGUUAAAGGAAACUGUAGUUGAAACCUUCCUCGUCCCAAGGAGAAGGAUGCUACAACUGUGAGUACCAAUUCUAUUCAGACCUCUGGAAGGAUUUAAAAACUUCUUGCAUAAAUGUAGGCAGACAAUGACAUACUGAGCAUAUGAGGGUAGUCUUGUGCUGCUACAUGCAGCCUUUGUAACAUCUAGUUAUUUAGAUCUUUUAAGUUUUCAUUCUUCAGUCAGUCCUCCAGAAAGGUACAUAAUAGACAGAUUUAACAACUUUAAAAAAUGGUGGCUUUAAAAGAAAGAAAUCACUUUAGUUUAGUUGGAUGUGAAAAUACCUGUGGUGCUUGCUGCAGCUAUUGUGAAAAAAAGUGCUUUUUUUUGCAGAGAUGCUAGAUAAAUGUAUCUGGUUAAAUGAACCAUUCAGUUGGAUCAACUGCAUCACUAAAUGAAAACAACUUUCAUCUGAGAUUUUACUUGUAAAACUGCAGUGUCUGAUUCAUGCUUUAGUCACAUCCUCCUUCUAGGUCCUGCUUUUUUUCUGAGUUCAGUGAAAGUUUUAGUGAAGAAAAAUCAGUUUGUUGUAAGUGAUUUCCAUCUUUAAUGAAGCCAAAAAUAUUAUUUGUACUGGUGAAGGAGAGUUUCAUUCUCAUUUGUCAGUGCUAGAGGAGUUUUCAACACAAGUUGUCUACUCUUUCCCUUUGUUUUAAAAAUCAGAAAUUUAAAGAAAAUUCAAUGCUCUAUACUUAGGUGAUCCAUGUAAAUUUGAAAAGAGAAGUAAAACAAUGAAAGAGAACACUAGAAUUCUAAAGAAAGCAUAUUUUCCCAAUGAUCAAAACAACAAUAAUAUUUUCAGAAGUUACAUUUGAACCCUUGGUUAUUACACAAGCUCAAUCCUAGACUUCAUUUUUUAAAUAAAUUUCAUAUUAUCAUAAGAUAAAGUUCAGCUCAGGAAUAUGAGUGAUUUUAUAUUUUUAUACAAUUUAAAAAUUAAAAUCUAACAUUUAAAAAUCUGUAAGGUGCUGACAUCCUUUACUUUAAGCACAACUGAUUUUGCUGGUCAGAAAGAAUUACUGCUUUUCUUUUUUUUCAGAGACAAGCCUCUGCAUUUUGAGUUUUCCUUGCCAAAUGGAAGACAUUUUUAACUUCUUUCCAACAUUUUCACUCCCACAUUCUACUGACUAGUUUUGGUGCAGAAAACACCCAUGGGGUGAUUUUGUUUGAUAUUCUGAGCAUAUCUGGCACCACUUUAGUAAUGAAACACUACAUUACAGCUCUGCCUGCAGGAAGAAUUUCUUGAACUGUUAUCUAAGUUUCAUGGCCAAGAUCCAGGCCCAGAGACCUUUACUGUCAUUUGAGAAUAACUUCAGUGAUAUAAAGUAUCUUGUUAGCUUUUAGUAUAUUGGUAAAAAGUCUACACUAAUCUAGGCAAAUAUUGUUUCACUAGAAAUAAUUUAAAUCCUACAUUUUGAAAAUGUCAACAUGACAUCUCCAUGUGUUAAUAUCACCAUUUCUUUGAUGAUUGAAGAAGAGAGUGAUGUUAACAUAGAAAACUUAGAGUUCAUAGCAGAAGGCAGCAAGGAUUUUAUGACAUUAUUAUUAAAUAUGCUACAAUUUUCAGAUCUGGGAUUUUUUUUUCCCUUUCAUUCAGCUAGAAUUCUUAGUUUUACUCCUCCCUUUUGUGAUACAAACUUUGUAGCCUUUAUGUGACUAUCAGAGUAGCAUCUCUUUUGCAAUUCAGGAGUUUACAGGGACUCAAAAAGAAAAAAUAUUUCCUGUGCUGGCAUAUAGCAUACAGAUUUAUAAAAAGUCUAUCAAAUGUCAUUAGAGUUUAUCUGGAUCACAAUGUGCUGCUAAAAAUUAUUAGAUUGCAGAUGCAUAAAAAUUAAAAUAGGAGAUUACUCUAGAAGUUCUGGACAGCUUUAGAGUUCUAAGAUUUUAUUAUUCAAUUGGAUUUGAUCAAAAGAGAAAUCUCAACAGGCAUAAAUUUUUAUGGAAAUCUCAAGAAGGAUAUAAGCUUUAUACAGCAUCAAGUUUUAAACACACAUCUGUUUGGAAUUUAUGGAGUAAAAAGUAAGAGAACAUUUAGAAACUUUUUCAAUGCUUUGAGAAAACGAGUGCUUCUUGUGUCUCAGUAUUAAUCAAACAUAUUUUCAAGAAGCUGUUUUCUAUACAAUCUCUGCAUAGUAAUGAACAAUCCAUUUAAAUGGGAGGUAUAAGAUGCAAUAUUUAAGAAGGAACAGAAGUAGAUCAUGGUAGUGAAAGUACUCAGAAGUAUGGUGUGUGAUUCUGAACCUAGUAAAUACACCUUGAAAUACUGCAAAAUUUUAGUCCCUCUGGUUUCCUUACUAUAAGGCAUAUGAUUUAAAGCUAUGACAUACCGAGGGCAUAAUAGCCAAUUAAUUAAACUGGAAAUUAAUUAAAUAGGAAAUUUCUCUCUCAGAGCUCCUGAAUCAGAAUCUUGUCAUCCAGCCUCUGAAACUCAGCACCCUCUGCUGCUGGUGUCACUAAAUGAGCUGAUAAUUCAGAAGGCUUUUUGUGACAGACCUCUUGUUUUUGUUAGGACUACAAAACCCACCUCCAGAUAUGACAGUAAUAGCAGAAGUUAGUGGGUGAUGAAAAAAUUGCUUCAAUUAACCUUUAACUAUGUAGCUGUAUUGCCUUUUAUUUGUCUUUACAUUUUACCAAAUUAAAGUAGAAGUUAGAGGGUAGCUAAUUUAAUUUAAAAUAUGUUCUAUCACUCUGUCUGGAUUUUCUUUAGCAUUCUUGAAACCUCUUUGCUGAUAAACACCUAUCAAAUGUUUCUUAUUUUAUGCCAUGGCUCAGACAUUUAAUUUGAGAAUGAAGUUCUGAAGAUUUAAAUUUUGUUAUCUUACCUCACCCCUUGACAUUUAUUAACAUUUCAAAGCUCUCCAGCCUCUCAGGAUCUGCUAUCCAGUUUGAAGCUGACUUUUGUCAGUGCUGAAUACCAGCCGUGUCAGAAGAAAGAAGAAAAACUUUUCAUCAGCAGAUUAUUAAUCCAUUUUCUCAAUGAGAAGAACAAUCUGAGUACUAGAGCCACGUGGUGCCUUCUACUGCUAGGUGGGAAAAAACCCCAACAUUUCAAUUCAUGGGUUGUAUUUUUGCUAUGUGAAAACAGUCCUUGUCUUCAAUUUCAAAACUUAUUGAGGAGAAAGUGGAAAUCAAAGGAGAAUGAUAAGGAAAAAAAAGAAAGCAAAACCCCAGCAGUGGUAAGUAAAUAAAUAAUAGUAGACUAGUGCCUAAAGUUAAUGUACAGCAUAAUAUGGAGCAGAGCCCCUUCUGUUCCUUUGGAAUAAUUUGCAAAUUCUCUAAUGAGUUUAUGGAAAUUGUUUUUAGACCUGGAUCAGGCAUUGUCUGCUAACACUUAAUUAAUUUGUCUUAAUCUAUUUCUGAUAUUUAAGGACUCUACAUUCCUAAAAGCUGUUUAAAGGUGUUAGAAACACAGUUUCAACAAUUUCCACUACUUCACUUAUUUUGUAGAUCAUAUAUAGAUCAUAUACAGAUCACAGGAACUAGAAUAUGGAAUGCCUCUUGAGCCUAGAAAAAAAUAUACAUAGCUAUGACAUCAAGUCAGUACUGUAAUCAUAGAGCAUUGCUUGAAAAAUGGGAAAAAUACAAUGAUGUUUUAUAAUGUCACAUUGAAGGAUGCAAUCCACAGAACCCUAGGAAAGAACAUUUUAGAGACAAGGCAGUACAGAUCACCUCUAAAAAGCUUUCCUUUGUUCUUUUUCAUAUGCUGAUUUCUACAAUAAUAGCAAACAUUGUGAAGGAGAAAGGGAGAGCAAAGGCAUAAAGCAGAUUUUUUUUCUUUCAUAAUAAUAGUAAUGCUUAUCUCUGCAUCUACUGCUUGGGUAAUGUAUUGUUUGGGGAGAAUUCAGUGCUGAUAUAGCCUUUCAAUCAUAACACGCAAGGAUGAUGCUUAUGCAAGCCUUCUCCAAGAUUGUUAUUGAAGUUUCAUAAAAUUCAUAAAUCCAAUAAACAUGAAAUGAGAAUAUCAUUUUACCUUUGUUGGUUUCAGCAGGAAAUUCAUUCUAGAUUAAAAAAUCUGCAGAAAGCUCAAGUUUGAACAAAAGUCAUUAAUCUCUCCCCACUCCAAGUCAUGCAUAUUGUGGAGUUUAAUACUGACUAAUUUGCUAAAAUGUGGUGCUUGUGCUGACAUAUGCUAUCAAUAUUCUGAUGUGGCAUCACUUAGAAUGCAUCUCUCCCAGGUACAUGGAUACUCUAUUACAGGAGCUUGUAUAUCCCCAGAGAGCAAUAAGCAGUCAUCAACUUGCUGAAAACUGCAAAUGUGCCCAUGCUAAUGCCUCAAGUAUUUGGACUGAUAUUACACAAAGCUGGACAGAGAAAUACAAAGGAAGGCUUUAAACUGUUUCCAGAAUAUUUUAUACUUGGCAUUACAUAAUGUCUUUCAAUUUAUUUAAAGACUUAUCAGUUUACUUUCUGAAGCUGCUCUAUUCUGGGGGAAAAAAAGAUACAGCUGAAAUGUCACGAUGUUUAGGAAAUAUCUGUUCAACCAGCUCAUGACUAAGGAAACUCCAUCCUAAAUUUAUUUGCAUUUUGCUAUUGGUUUCUGUGUCUUUAAAUCUCUCUUCAUGAAUAUUAGUCAAAGGUAUUUAAUGUCUUAAAGCUGAAUCUUGGUUGAAAACUUGUAAAGUUUAACCUUUUCUGGCUUAAGCACAACAGACUCAAGCCUGUGCCACUGCUGGGAGAGUUGAGAAGGAAACAGCCUCAUCUGAAAAACUUUAAAAGUUUUUAAACUCUUCAGCCCAUCAGAAACAAAAGUACUGUAAAUAAAGUCCCACUGCUGUAAAAGGGUGUCUUUUCCUGUCAUCAAAAAAACCCAACCAAACAAAAAAAACCCACAAAAAACAAGAAAAAACCAACCAAACAAACAAAACCCGAAAACAUGAGAGGCAGAUUAAGGCUGUCUGACAUUCUUCUAAUUUAUUAGCAGGUGGUUGUUCAUCUGCAUUCAUUUUCAUGAAACUCUGAUCUGGAAAGUUUCAAGCUUAGCCUGCCACAUGAAAGAAAAUGGCAUCUAACCAGUGGGCCAAGGAAUGGGACUCCUCUUUACUCCUUUCACUUUCCCUAUUAAUCUAAUGAAUGUUUGUCUUUAAAAAGAGAAGGAAUAAUUCUUACAUGAGUAAUUUAACAGAGAACUAUGCAAGAACAACUACAGUGCUGUGCUUACAGGCAAUUAGUUUUAGAAUAGUUUCCAUUAAGCUGAAUUCACAGCUUCAGGUAACAGUAUCUGAAACCUUCCAGCUGAAGGCAGUCUCUGAUAUUGGUUCUGUCUUUCCGUGUUUCAAUUCUGCUGUUCCAGUAGAAUUUGGGUACUCCUUCUGAGGGCUGGAAGCAAAUCCCUACAGAAGAAGAGAUGCUUCACAACAUAUGCCUUACACAGCAGCCACCCCUCCUCUCAGCACAGUCACUCUGACAGAUGUCCAAGGUCACAGGGGUGGCAGUAACCAGUAGCAUUUGGAGGAAAAAGAGCCUGAAGGGGUGUUGGAUAAGGGAAACUGAGCUCUUUUUCUAGUGUAUUAUUGGUGCUGCUUCACCAGUAACCACUGAUAAGUCAUCUUGCAAACAGUAAAAGGGAGAGAAGUUUUCCUUUGUUGGCCCUUCCUUAUGUGAACUUACACCUUAUCUGAGCUUACAGCAAAUGCUAACUGGCAGAGGGGAUUAAAAACACAGGGGUCUUUUCCUAUCAACUGAUUUUGCAUUUUCACUUAUUUUUCAGAGGACAGUUCCAUAUUUUCUGUGUUUAACUAGAUCUAGCUUGUCUCCAAGCUUUUAAACACCUCAGGUUUUAGUGCAGGACAGGUUUUAAACACUUUGGUAGUCAGUUCUACUGGAAAGUUCACUGUUCAGUAUUGUUGUUUAAAUGAAUUCAUAGUCAAACAUACUCGCGUCAUGAAUACUUAUUCCUUUUGAUCCAGCUCAAAACAAACUCAAUUGACUGCCUCUGGGAUGAAUUUCAAUAAAUCUUUCUUAUUUCUUUUUGCUAAAAUGGGAAGAUGAGGGGAAGAAGGUAGUAUAUUUUAUCUGAAGUCAGUUUCUAAUUCAAUUAGAGCUUCAUCUUGGCCCCAUUGAACUCACUGGGCUUUUUGCCACUGAAUUUAAUAAAGUUAGAUUCAGACUCAUAACAUGCAAUUUCUUAUUUCUUCCAGAUAACCAAUUAAAAUAUUAAAUAUCUCAGGGUGAACGUUUGCUUCUUGUCCACAUUUUCUUUGAUAUUGUGUUAUUGCUUUUUCUUCUGUCCUUUUGUAACUUUUAAUUAAGGGUUCCUUUGUGUGUAGGUAAAGGGAAGCUGCUUUAUUUUAAAACUUUUCAGGAUAUGCUUUAGUUUUGAUGGUUUAUAAAAAGAGAAAAAAGUAAGAAUAAUAUUCUUUUCUUCCAGUGGAGGUUUAAGCUACCAAAUGUGCUCGCUUGAGGAUGAAUUGGGAAAUGAGAUGAUGAAUAAGGGGUAUGAGAGCAAACAUACACUUUCUCUCUCUCCUCUUUUAAUUUAAAAAAGAAAAAAAAGAAAAGAAUAUAUUAGUUAUUAAGAAUCCCUGUUCAUCACUCUCUCCAGAAAAAAUAUACCUCCUUUAUAUUUAACAAAAUGUUCAUUAUGAAAACAAGGUUAUUACUUCUGAUAGUUGGAUUAAUUUCUGAAGCCUCAUUAUAUUUAUCCAUUCAUUCUUUUUAAAUCUAUCAGGUCAGUGCUAACAUCAGGGACAACUGAAGAUAAGACCUUUUGAUCCAAUUUGUGUCAUUGGUUGCUAUCCCUAACAAUACAGGUAAAAGGAAUGUGAUACCAGGGUGUAAAGAUUCAGAUAAGGACUUGAAGCAGGAGAUGUGGGCAAAGCAACACCUCUAAAAUGUUCUUGAAUGUUGGUCUAUUCCUAUACAAAGAAGGAAGCUGUUUCAGUGAUGGAGAGAAGAAAGGAAAGAGAAAGGGAAUGAGGAAGCUGAGGGAAGAUCCCAUUGGUCUCUAAAACUAGCUGAAAGGAGAUUGUGGUGAGGUGGGAGUCAGUGACUUCUGUCAUUUUUUAAUCAAAAGAACAUGAAGAAAUGGCCUUAAGUUGUACAGGGAGAGUUCAAAUUAGAUGUUAGAAAAAUGUUUAUCAAUGAGAAUGAUGAUUAACCAUUGAAAUAGGGUGUCCAGGGAGGUUGUGGAGUCACCCUCUCUGGAAGUGCUCCAGGUUUCUCACUCAGGGAUAUGGUUUAAGGGUGAUUAUGGUGAUGUAAGGCUGAUGGCUAGAUUACAUGAUCCUGAAAGUCUCUUACAAAAUCUAUGAUUCUGUGUGACUCUGGCUUGAUUUUCUUUCAGAUUUGUUCUGGUGACCAUGAACUUGUUGGGUGGCAGAGUAUGUACCAGUAGCACUGCCUGGCUAACACUAGAACAAAGGUAUAUUACCCUCCAUUCAGGCAAAUAUUUGAGAAUCCUAACUUUGCUCUAGGUAAAGGUUUUACACUACAGGUAUUGAUUUGGACCUUAUGUGCAAUGCCAAAAAUAUGCUAGUUAUCACUUUUCUGGGUGCAUUCACACUGCAUAUUGGUGUACGUGAGAUGGAAACUGAAUGCUUUUCUAGAGCAUCUAAAAUUAAGCAAAAUUUAAAUUUUUACUUGGGUUUAAUAACAGCAGGGGAAUAGAAGGGGAGAAAGUAAAAUCCCAUCCAAACUAUUGAUGUGCCAUGUCAGUAAAACAUUUCUAAUUGUGUAAUUAAAUCUACAUUUUUUAUUUUAAAACCUAAACUACAGAGUGUAGGGUAUUAGAUGCAUGAGGGGCAAUUCCCACUCCAUGUAAGAAUUAAACUAUUGGCAACUUACAAGGUUUUCUAAUGACAAAACUGUCUUUGAAAUUCAUUAUUGACUUGUUUAUUGAUUUAUCUAGGUCUCUAAGGAAUAUUACAGACUGAUCUGAAAUCUCUGUCUCAUGUAUAUUGUAAAGACUGCUGAAAACAACCUAUUUGAUGUCUGAAUAACUUUGUCUAAUUGUUGACUCUAAUACUAGCUUAAAGGAUAUGUUGGAUGCUAUCAUGUCAUUCAUUAACUUUUCCCUCUGAGGGUUCUUGAGUGUUUUCCUGCACACUUUAUGUUCCUUGCUCUAAAUGUAGUAAGGGAAAGAAAGAAUUUUUCUCAAUUCAACCUUUUGCAGUGAAUACCUCUUCAGUAAAGCCUUUCAUCUUGACUUAUAUUUUUUCUUUUGUCUGAAAAUCAACAUGCAGUCUUUUCUAUGCACUGUUCCUAAUGGACAGCUUCCAGGGCUUAAAAUCUUGCCAAUGUCUCUGUAAGAGAGGAAUGUAAUAUUUGUUUAGUUAAAUCAAAUGGGAACCACAGAUCAAGAUAUUAUUUAUAUUCCAAUGGCACAGGAUAAUUUUAGUAGCCAAGCUAUAUAUGUGUCAAGGAAGCAGUUGCUAAACCUUGCUUAAAGAGCUUCGAUGUCUGUUGAUCUUGCUGAUUGUAGCCAUACCUUUCAUCUGAAAGUGAUAACUUACAUAUUAAAGAAACACAUGAAAGUAAAUUAAUGCAUUUUAUUUAAAUGAAUAGAUGGGAAAAUAUUUUGUCUAUAUUAGCUCCAGAAAACAUCAUUUAAACUUCAUUAAUUUUCUCCUUUUUUCAGUUGAUCCAGGUGGUGGGAUGCUUUCUUUUUCUCUUUCAGACUAUGACUUGGAUAAAACAAUGUUGAAUAAAAUGAAUUUCAACAAGAAUGAAGGGAUUGAAAAAAGAUAAGUUAAACGUAGAACAGUCCUUGGAUUUGUCUAACAGAGUUGCCAUUGGGGUAGUUUCUCUGCUACUAAAUACUAUAUCUAAGCCAAAGUAGUGUAUCUCGACACAAUUUUUAGAUGAAAGAGAAAAA